AUGGCCACCUCUUCCGCUCCGCUCCUUCAGGGGGAGGAUCUCGAUCCGAUGCCUCAGGCUCCACGGUAUCUUGCAACUACAACUCUCAAAGUCGAUGGAAUGACAUGUGGCGCAUGUACUUCUGCUGUUGAGGAAGCUUUUAAGGGUGUCAAAGGUGCAGGAGAUGUGUCUGUGAGUUUGAUAAUGGGCCGUGCAGUAGUUCACCAUGAUCCUACCAUUCUCUCAGCAGAAAUGGUCGCGGAGAUGGUGGAAGAUCGUGGGUUUGACUCUAAAAUCUUAUCCACUGAGCUCCCGCGUGAAGUACCUCAAGAAGAUGAGGAGGGUGAAGACAGGGAGGAUAAUUUACUCGAUGUUGGCUCCAGUUCGCCAUCUAUUUCUACUACAACGCUCCGGAUAGGAGGAAUGACCUGUGGCGCUUGCACAUCAGCAGUGGAGGGAGGACUAGCAGAUAUACCCGGUGUCAGUUCCGUAACAGUGUCCUUACUAUCUGAACGGGCAAUUGUGGAACACGAUAUGUCGAUGAUAUCUCCUGAUAAGAUUGCUGAAAUCGUUGAAGACCGCGGAUUUGAUGCUGAAAUUCUGGAGACUGCCGCCCGAUAUCGAAACCCAUCUUCAUCACGAGCAAAAUCGGUGUCUAGGAAAGAACCAACCCAUGUAACUACAACUAUAUCCAUUGAAGGGAUGACUUGUGGAGCGUGUACAUCCGCCGUCGAAAAUGCCCUUAAGGACCAGCCUGGGAUGGUCCGUUUCAAUGUCAGCCUACUAGCUGAACGUGGGGUUGUGGUUCAUGACCCCUCGGUCCUACGCGCGGCACACAUUGCCGAACUAAUCGAAGAUGCUGGUUUUGACGUGAAAAUUCUCUCCUCCAGAGAAGACGACUCAAUUCAGUCAAACACAUCAGCGUCAUUAGCGCUAAAUAUUUACGGCCUGCCUGACUCGACAGCAGCCACAAAUCUGGAGCGCGCAUUCAGGAAAACUGAUGGUGUCUUAACCGCUGAUGUGAAGUUGUCUAAUUCUCGUGCUUUAAUCAGCUAUUCCCCAACCAAGGUUGGGAUCAGACGAUUAGUUGAAGUUGUUGAACAAGCAGGAUACAAUGCUCUUUUGGUGGAGUCGGAUGAUGGCAAUGCUCAACUCGAAUCCCUCGCGAAGACAAAGGAAAUACACGAGUGGCGGAAGGCGUUUUGGUUCUCGUUUUCCUUCGCAGUUCCCGUGAUGGUGAUUAGUAUGCUUCUUCCGAUGUAUCUUCCUGCAAUCGACAUCGGAAACUUCGAGCUCAUACCUGGCUUAUUUUCUGGGGAAAUCAUCUGCUUGCUUCUUACCAUUCCUGUUCAAUUUGGUGUCGGGAAGCGGUUUUAUAUCGCGUCAUUCAAAUCCCUAAAGCAUGGCUCCCCGACAAUGGAUGUUUUGGUCAUGCUUGGUACCUCCGCCGCAUUCUUUUUCAGUAUUCUCGCAAUGUUAGUCUCGGUAUUUUUCAAACCCCAUUCUCGGCCAAUGACCGUGUUUGAGACCAGCACUAUGCUUAUCACAUUUAUUUCCCUCGGUCGGUGGCUGGAAAAUCGAGCUAAGGGCCAAACAUCCCGAGCACUAUCUCGUUUGAUGUCCCUUGCUCCUUCUAUGGCAACUAUAUACGAUGACCCCAUAGCCGUUGAAAUGUUAGCUGAAAACUGGGGUUCUGUACCGCUAUCGGCUGAAAAGGAUAAGGCCACUGCUGCAGUUUCGACUGUCCAGAAGACGAUCCCCACGGAAUUAAUCCAGGUUGGUGAUAUCGUCUGCCUCCGGCCAGGAGAUAAAGUUCCAGCAGAUGGUGUCGUCAUUAGAGGUGAGAGCUAUAUAGACGAGGGUAUGAUUACUGGUGAGGCUAUUCCCAUCCGCAAAAUAAAGACUUCAAAGGUCAUGGCUGGCACUGUGAAUGGCGCUGGCUGGGUUGAUUUCCGGGUCACGAGAGCCGGUCGAGACACACAGCUGAGCCAAAUAGUCAAAUUGGUCCAAGAUGCACAAACCAGUCGUGCUCCUAUCCAAAGAAUGGCUGACAUAGUGGCUGGUUAUUUUGUUCCAGCCAUUAUCACCCUUGGGCUCAUCACUUUUUUUGGAUGGAUGAUUCUUAGUCAUAUUCUUCCAAAUCCACCUAAAAUCUUUGUUACUGAAAAUCCCGGCGGGACAUUCAUGGUCUGUUUGAAACUUUGCAUAUCGGUUAUUGUUUUUGCUUGUCCCUGUGCCCUUGGUCUUAGUACACCCACAGCGGUUAUGGUAGGCACAGGCGUUGGUGCUGAACAUGGCAUCCUGGUCAAAGGGGGAGCAGCCCUGGAAGCAGCAACCAAGAUAACGCAUGUUGUAUUCGACAAAACGGGCACCUUAACGAUGGGCAAAAUGAGCGUAUCGGGGACUAGAAUGGACUCCACAUGGACCUCCAAUGAUUGGCGGCGUCGCCAGUGGUGGUUGAUCGUUGGGCUUGCUGAACUGACCAGUGAACACCCUAUUGGCAAAGCCAUUCUUGCAAAGGCCAGGUCAGAAGUCGGGGCAUCAGAUGAAAACCCUCUCAAUGGCAGUGUAGCUGAUUUCGAAGCGUUAGUCGGAAAGGGGAUUUCGGCUAUUGUUGAGCCCACUUCAAAUGUCAACAACGUUCGUCAUCGUGUCCUUGUGGGCAGCGCACGCUUCCUUCGUUCCAGGGAUAUAAAUGUACCUCAAUCAGCUGAACCAGAGCCUGAUUCCUCUGAAUUCACGACCUCAAUAUCCGUUCGACCAAGAAAAGAUAGCGAACAUGUUGCCGGCUCCACUCUAAUUCACGUUGCUAUCGACGGCAAAUAUGCUGGUACUAUCACUCUUCAAGAUACGCUGAAACCAACGGCGGCAGCCGCUGUUGCUGCACUCCACCGAAUGGGUCUCACCACGUCCCUCAUAACGGGCGAUUCCCUCUCCACCGCCCUCGCCGUUGCAUCUUCUGUAGGAAUUCCCGCCUCGUCAGUCCAUGCAUCUGUCAGCCCUUCCGAAAAACAAUCCGUCAUCGCGUCCCUUCAAAAAACUCCCUCAUCUAUAGUUGCCAUGGUGGGAGAUGGCAUCAACGACUCCCCCGCCCUGGCCACUGCAUCUGUCGGCAUCGCCCUCGCAUCUGGCACAGACGUUGCCAUCGAGGCAGCAGACAUCGUCCUCAUGCGGCCCGAUGAUCUCCUGUCCGUCCCCGCAAGCCUGUGUCUCUCCCGCUCGAUCUUCCGCCGCAUCAAACUAAAUCUCCUCUGGGCCUGUAUGUAUAACGCCAUUGGCAUACCUUUCGCCAUGGGCCUCUUCCUCCCCUUUGGCGGAAUUUCGUUACACCCAAUGGCUGCAGGCGCCGCCAUGGCGGCGUCAAGCGUCAGUGUCGUUGUCAGCAGUUUGCUCUUGAAAUUUUGGAAGCGGCCUGGUUGGUUAGACUCUCAGAAGUUGGAACGUGAAGCUGAGCUGGGUCUAAUUGAUACUAGCGGCCUGAGUCGUGGUGGGCGGGGAUCGUGGUGGAAAAAGAGCCCUUUUACAUCCGAUCAGACUCGUCGGGGUCGACGGACUUUUGCUUGGCUAGUUACGCUUGGUUCAGACGCUGUGAUGAGCGUUACUGGGAAGCGGAGAAAUGGCACUGACGAUGAAGGCUACGUUCCUUUGAGGCCUGUAGAGCCUGUUUCUGUAUAG